GUGGUGUAGAACCUCCUCGUGAACAGUAUAGAGUGUUCACAUCAAGACGAUGGAUAUGGAUAGUAUGAGAAAGCUGAAACUUCUCAUGUGGAAAAACCUCACGCUGAGGAGAAGGCAACCGGUACUUACUGUGUUGGAGAUUUUGUGGCCUUUGGUUCUGAUGGUUGUUUUGGUUAUUAUUCGUCAGAGCAAUGAACCAGUGAAUGUUGGAUCACGAAUGUACAACUCACGAGCACUGCCAUCAGCUGGUCUUAUUCCAUUUCUGCAAAGUACUUUUUGUGGAUGUGAUCCGAUAGCGAAACAUGCCUAUAAUGGUACAUGGAAUGACACCAAUACCUUUUACACCUUUAAUUCAGCUGUGACUGCACUGUUGCGUAAUGCAACAUUAAUGCUGCAAGAUCCAAACAUUGAUCUUGCCAAAGUUUCUCAUCGUCAACACAACCAGCAAUUAGCCUCAAUGAACAAUACCUCACUGUAUCAGCAGUAUCAAGGUGACCUUAAUAUGCUACAAGAAGAUUGUGCUACUUUGGCACGAAUGGAACAUUAUCUGAAAGCUCCAUUAUACCAGUUGGCCAGCAAUUUUCCAUCAGACACUGAGUCAAAAGAUUUGACAACUGACCAAUUAGGCAAGCUGUUGGUCCACUUUUUCUGCGGUCAGUCUUUGAGACAUUGUCUUGAACAAUGUACCAACUGUAAAAGUUCAACUACAAAUUAUUGGGCCGUGAUUCCUGGUAAAAAUUCCCUUCCUCAAAAGUUGCUGCGAGGUAUUCAGAUACUUUAUGCUCCAGACAAACUGAGUGUGAGGCAGGUAAUUACAGAGGCUAAUCGAACAUUUGCUGAAAUUGAAACUGUGAAGCAUAUCUUGAAUCGUUUUCUUGAACACUACAGAGUUCUUUCUCAGACUGCUAUUAACAAACAAAAUUGUGCUUUUGCAAAAUCUGUUUUUGAUCCAGCUGAUGUGGAAUCAGUGACUAACACUUCAGCUACCCCUUCUACUCUCUAUGUAGCUGAAGUGUUUCAAAUGAUAAUGAACAGGAUUAAGAUCCAAUGGAUUGGGUGCUCCAAUGAAACAGAACUUGAGAAGCAUGCAGCUUUACAGUCAUUGGCUGGGUCUGCAGUAUGGGCAGGUGUUGUUUUUGAAAAUUUGGAUGAUAAAGGAUUGCUGAAGAAAGAUGUACGGUACACAAUUAGAAUGAAUGAAACAUUUGUUUACUCUCCAAACAAACUGAGAAAUUCAUAUUGGACACCUGGUCCUGAGUCAUUUCGUGUGCACACAGCGUAUGAAACAAUGGGAUUUAAUUACAUUCAGGACAUGAUCGAUAGAGGAAUUGUCAAUGUUCUUACAAACAACACAGUUAAUGAGCCUGGUGGAUAUCUGCAAAGAUUUCCUUAUCCUUGCUUUAUUUAUGACAGUUUUGCUUCAGCUCUUUCUACAACACUGCCUUUGUUUAUGUGCAUUGCUUGGGUACUCUCAGUGUCUAUGGUUAUUCAAAAUGUUGUACAUGAACAAGAACAUCGUCUGAAAGAGAUGAUGAAAAUAAUGGGAUUGCCAGUGUUGUCCUUUUGGCUCUCGUGGUUUAGCACAAGCUUUAUUAUCAUGGGGAUUUCGGCUGCAUUACUAACAGCUCUCAUGUCGUUUGGUGGUGUGCUUGCAAACAGUAACUUUCUAAUUGUUUUACUGUUUAUGCUGAACUUCACAGUUGCAACGAUCAUGCUUAGCUUUGUUAUCUCAACGUUCUUUAAUAAGGCAAAUUUUGCUGCUUUGUGUGGUGGUUUAAUGUACAUGUUGACAUUUUUGCCAUUCAUCAUCUAUUUGAACAAUGAAACUGAAUUUGGUUUUUCCCUAAAAGCAGCACUGUCUUUAUUGUCAACAACUGCAUUUGGAGCUGCUGGGAUGUAUCUUGCUCGGUACGAAGAACAAGGCAUUGGAAUACAGUGGCACAACAUCAGAAGGAAUGUGCUGCCAGGUGAUGAGUUUAGUUUUCUUACGGCAAAUGCUUUCAUUUUUCUUGACACCAUUUUUUAUGCAAUCAUAGUAUGGUACGUAGACAGCGUCUUCCCAGGUAAAUAUGGCAUUCCUCGGCCGUGGUACUUUCUAUUUAUGACAUCAUACUGGAGAGAGGUGUUUGGCUGUACAAAUUUGAAAUUGAAGUUUACAGCUCAUGGAAAUCGUAAUAGCUACACAUCUGUGCUAUCAGAGACUUCUGGAGAAGAUGCAGUAACUGCAGCUGAGGCUGACUCAACCAAUUUAGAGAUUGGUGUGUCUAUUUGUCAUUUAGUCAAGGUUUACGAUGGCAAGAAACGUGUGGUUGAUGAUCUGUCACUGAACUUCUACAAGGGGCAAAUCACUGCAGUUCUGGGACAUAACGGAGCUGGAAAAACUACAACACUGAGUGUUGUCUGUGGUCUCUUUCCUCCCACAUCUGGCACAGUGUCUGUUGAAGGCUUGAAUAUUGUGAGCAAUGUUGAUGAGAUCAGGAAGACUGUUGGACUAUGUCCCCAACAGGAUGUUCUCUACAGCAGACUAACAGUAGCUGAACAUUUGUGGCUGUUUGCUAAAUUAAAGGGCAUCAGAAUUUCUGACAAAGAGUUGAAACUGGAAAUUAAAAGGUGGCUAAGGAAUCUUCAUUUUAUGGACAAAUGUAAUGCAAAAAUCAGCACACUGUCUGGUGGCAUGAAGAGGAAGCUUUCUGUUGCUAUGGCUUUUAUUGGAGGCUCAAAGGUAGUGAUUCUGGAUGAACCAACAGCUGGUGUAGAUCCACAUGCAAGAAGAAGCAUAUGGGAUAUAAUAAUCAAUCACCGAGACAAUUGCACCGUGAUUCUUUCAACUCACUACAUGGAUGAAGCUGAUGUUCUUGGUGAUCGCAUUGCCAUUAUUUCUCAUGGUAAAUUGUCUUGCGUUGGUUCUUCUCAGUUUCUAAAGCGUCGGUUUUUUGAUGGCUACUACCUCACUGUGACCAAGCAGCACGAGGAACCUCUCGUCUCUUUAUUGACUCAGAGUGGCUCUGCACAAAGUCUCUCUAACUGCUUUACCAUUUCAGGACAGGCAGGUAUGUCUAACUCUCAAUGUGCUUCAGCCAACGAUGAUUUUUCACAUGAAGUUAGUGCAUCAGACAUUAAUUGUAGCAGGUCAGAUGUUGCUAGUCCACUUGGGGCAAGGAUAGUUCACAUGUUUGCAGGCAAUAAUGAUGGUUUUAAUCAAAGCACAAGUCAACGUGGGUCAAGAUCAAAGAAUGUGACUGAGAAUGUCACCGCUGUUUUGAAGAGUCACAUUCCUGAUACUGAUUUGAUAGAAGAUCUUGGCAAUGAAAUCUCCUUUUUGUUGCCAACUGGAUCAGCGAAUGGUCAUCAGCUUGCAUCUCUGCUAUGUGAUCUUGAUCGACAGAGGGAACAAUUGGGUAUUGCAAGUUAUGGCAUAUCAGAUAUGUCAUUAGCUGAGGUGUUUCUGACUGUAACAAAUGAAGCUGAAGAAGCUGAGGCAGAGGCCACAUAUUGUGCUACGAUCUUCAACAAAUUGAGGAAAGGUGCAAGGAAUCAGAGGAAGCGGUCAUCAUUAUCAUGGCAGUCAGAGGAUGGGCACAUGCUGUCGAAGCCUGAUGAAGGGAAUGAAUCAGAAUCUUGUGAGGCACAAUCUAAUGGAGAUGCCGGAACUUUGACAGUGACAGGAAAGCGUUUGCUGCUGCAUCAGUUCAAGGCAUUGUUUAUAAAACGGUUUUGCAACAGUCUGAAAUACACAAGAGGGCUUUUUGCGCAACUCAUAUUGCCGGCUGUGUUUAUCUCUAUUGCUCUCUUGUUCAAGAUGCUUGCUUCACAUCAUUCCAAUGGGAUCAUAGAGCUGACACCUAGUCUCUAUCCUGGUGACAUGUACAUUCCUUUUAAGAACUUUCAACCUUGGCAAAAACAAGCUGUGAAUUUGACAAAGACAUUGGCUCAGCCAUGUGGUGCAUCAGCUCACUAUCUUGUCAGCAAUAUGUCGCUAGUGAGGUGUCAUCAGUAUUUACAGUACAUGCAGUCGCAUUGUCAUUUACCAAACAAAUACUGGACUAAUUCUACUAACGUUGCUUCAUCAUCGAAUGCAACAUGUAGCUGCGUGUCUCAUAAACAGCAAUGUCCUGCAGGUGUUGUUGCUCCUUCUCCUCCAUCACUUUUGACUGUAGAUGAUCUAACUCUUCAAGACUUAACUGACAAGAAGAACAUGUCAGACUACAUUCUGAAAUCAACAGAUGAGUAUAUUUUGCACAGAUAUGGGGGUGUAAGCUUUGGUCAUGAAAAUCAGGAAUAUGCUGAGCCGUUGCCAGGAGUCUACCAUGACGAUCUGCAGCUUUUUGGUGUGAGAAAAGCUGCUAAAGCUUGGUAUACAAACAAGGGAUAUCAUUCUCCUCCGAUUUACCUGAAUGUAUUGAAUAAUGUCAUACUGAGAAAUCAUUUUGAUCAGUCUGCAGAUUCAUUAGAAUAUGGUAUUACUACUUUGUCUCACCCAUUCAAUCAGACUGUUGUGCAGCUAAUUGAAGACAAAAUGCGAUCAGGAAUUGAUCUUAUUGUUGCUUUGUGCGUCAUAUUUGCCUUGUCAUUUGUUCCACCAUCGUUUAUUAUGUUUCUUAUACAAGAGCGUGCAACUGGUGCAAAACAUCUGCAGCUUGCUUGUGGUGUAAACCCAGUUGUCUACUGGCUGGCAAACUACUUUUGGGACAUGUGCAACUACAUGGUUACUGUUCUUCUCGUUGUCGUCAUUUUUCUUGCUUUUGGUGAAGACGUUUACACAUCAGGAGACAGCUUCUCGGCAGUUGUUGUCUUAUUCGUUCUUCACGGUUGGGCGAUGAUUCCUAUGAUGUAUCCUGUUACGUUUGUGUUCAAGAACAGUAGCACAGCUUAUGUUGUUAGCAUGGCUGCAUGUGUACUGAUCGGAUUUGUGACAACAUCAACUACCCUUGUCUUGCAGCUUGUUGAGGAAGCAGAACAUGGAUGGAUUGCUGGUAGUACAGUGAGCAGUCAACUUCGUACUGUAUUUAUUGUCUUUCCUAACUACUGCGUUGGUCGUGGUUUAAUGGAUAUUGCCUAUAACCAUUACAAGCUUGCUGCUACACAAGAACUCCAGAGCUUUGGUGUUUCAACUGAUGUAGUUGGUCUUUUCUCUCUGAGCCAAGAUGCAGUCGGUCGAAGCAUUAUUAGUAUGCUGAUUUCCGGUUUGGUCUUCUUUUUUGUUGUACUUCUUGUGGAGUACAAGAUCUUCCUGCCAUCACUGUGUUGGUCCCACAAGAUUGUGGACCCGAUCGAUAGAGAUCAUGAAGAAAGAGAAAGUGAUGAUGCGGAUGUAGCUGAAGAGAGAAGGAAGAUUGUGAACAGUCCAUCACCUGAUACUGUAUUAAAGAUACAGAACAUAACGAAAAUGUAUCACUCGUGCAUCUCUAAAUCGAAAGUACUGGCUGUAAAUGGCUUGUCUCUUGGAAUACUGAAAGGAGAGUGUUUUGGUCUUCUUGGAGUGAAUGGCGCAGGCAAGACAACUCUGUUCAAGAUGCUAACUGGAGAUGUGUCAGUCACUUCAGGGGACGCAUCAUUUCUGAACCACAGUGUGACAGGUGAUAUUCAUGCAGUGAGACGAAAUAUUGGUUAUUGUCCACAGUUCAAUGCUCUUAAUGAUUUGCUAACUGGGCGUGAACAUUUGACAUUUUAUGCACGAUUGAAGGGUAUUGCUGAACCAGAAAUAAGAAAGGUUGUUGAAUGGUGCAUUCACAAGCUGGCUCUGUCACGUUAUGCUGAUGUGCGUGCUGGCAAAUACAGUGGAGGCAACAAGAGAAAGUUGACUGCAGCAAUUGCACUCAUUGGACAACCUGCUGUUGUGUUCAUGGAUGAACCAACCACUGGAAUGGACCCAAAGUCCAGACGAUUCUUGUGGUCUGUAAUCAACAGUCUAGUUCAGGACGGACGAUCGAUCGUUCUGUCAUCACACAGUAUGGAAGAGUGUGAAGCAAUUUGCACUCGAAUUGGAAUCAUGGUCAAUGGGAAACUAAAAUGCUUAGGAAGUCCUCUUCAUCUAAAGAACAAGUUUGGAGAUGGUUACACUGUGACUGUUCGUGUUGCUGGUUCUCGCCCUAAUCUUGAGCCAACAAAGACAUUCUUCAGUAGCUCAUUUCCAGGAGCUGAGUUGAAGGAGGAGCAUCAUAAAAUGCUGGAAUACCAGUUAUCCUCCAGUUUGUCGCAACUACCAAGCAUCUUUAGUCAACUGGAAAGUAGCAAGGAAGAUCUACAGAUUGAGGACUACUCCGUAUCACAGACUACGUUGGAUAGAGUGUUUCUUCACUUUGCAAAGCAGCAAUGCGGCUUCGUUGGUGUUUCUUCAGCUUCAAAGAGUACGUCUUUAAGAUCUAAAUUUGGCGCUUUUUAUACUGCUCGAAAACAGCAAGUAACUCUUGCAGAAAUCAGUGAAGAUCUUGAAUCUGUACAUUUGUUGCAGCAAGAAUCAGAGGAAGAGAUAACAGAAUAGGAUCUGAAGUUCUUGAUAGUAUUAGAGUCGAACUGCAAAAUAGUACAGGACAUGAAAUUUAGAUGCUGAUUUAAUUACAAUGAACAGUUUGGUGAAGCUCAACAUUGUUGAUAUUACUUGCUUUGUUUUUGAAAACGUUUGUAAACGGAAGACGAAGUUUGAGAUCACCUUGUCCUGUGUAAGCCCUGAGAUGACUUAACACACCUAUUUCGUGCGAGUAUUUUUCUUGUAAAGUUGAGGAUAUUGAAUCAGCAUCUGGAGCAUUUAAAAUAGU